AUGGAGGCAAAGAAAUAUGUCGACCUGAAGAAUCAGGACUGGAAGACUGUCCUGAGAACGUUACUCACCCUUGGUGAUAACAAAGGUCGGCGUGAAUAUUUGAGUCGUUUUGUCAAGAGGUCCAACUCGGGAGGUACCGUAGAAAAUGGCCUAGAGGCUACCGAUCUCGAUAGCUCUCAACUACCACCACCUCCGACCAAUGGACCAUACUUCAUGCUUCCCAGCCAGCUCUAUCGAUUCCCGCGCAAUACAGAAAAGCUCAAGACCGGCUUACUCUCGUUCGACAGGGAAUACGAUGGCGUUGACGAAUCAGACAAACGUAGAGAUGACGGAUAUAAAGAAGAAGACGAACGUAAAGACGACGGAUGUGUCGAUGACGAAUAUGAAGCUCAAAAUCAGGGCGAACCUCUCCAGGUCGGAUCCACCUUUUCCAAACACAACAACCCCACUGACAAAUCAGACGAACGUAGAGACGACGGAUGUGAAGAAGACGACGAAUGCGAAGACAACGGAUGUGUCGAUGACGAUUAUGAAGAUCAAAAUCAGGGCGAACCUCUCCGGGUCGGAUCCACCCUUUCCAAACAUGACGACCCCACUGACGAAUCAGACGAACGUAGAGACGACAGAUGUGAAGAAGACGAUAAAUGCAAAGACGACGAAUGUGUCGAUGAUGAAUAUGAAGACCAAAAUCAGGGCGAACCUUACCAGGUCGGAUCCACCUUUUCCAAACACGACAGCGCCACACUCUUGGCUCUGGGAAUGGCGAUCGGAAGGAUACAAGGGUAUGCAAGUCUCGAUGACGUCACCAUGUGCAGAGAUGCCUCUACAUGUGGACCGACUCCAAUACCGGUCAACAAUACGGAGGACAGAGUGUCGACAUUAGGAAGCGUUGGGAACGGCAAUACUGGCUCCAAAACAGGAAAGAUCAAAGCGGAAGCCGUUAUGAACCUCGCGCUCGGUCUAGGUCAAUCCGGUAGCACUACAAGUCCUCAAAAGCAGGUUCCAAAGGCUGCGGGCGUCCAGCUACAUCAUCUGGCUAUGAACGAUGCGGUGGGAUGGGAGGCCGUCGCCAAGCGAAAAGGGGUUACGAAAGUGGUGUGUACCAUCGCGAUUCCCUACCUUCUACCCACCCUUCUGAUUGGAGCUACCUCGGACGCCGAGGCCGACGCAAGGCGUGAAGAAGCAGCGAAUCUCGGCGUCACGGUACCGAGGUACCGAGGGCCAGUGUCAAUGCUAAAGACAAAGAGCUUUACCAUCACCUCAAGGAGCACUCGUGCAGGUAGUUACAAAUACUUGGAGCUUGUAGGGUGGGGGCUCGCACCUAUCAGGAUUACAGCGAAGUUCAUGCCCAAGCUGUGGAAUAUACUACCGGAGGAUCUGAAUAACAGAGUUAAAUCCUACGUCGAUUGUGAAUAUGUCGUGCCUGCGCUGACAGCUGCACCGGAGGCAUGGAUCAGGAACAACUAG